UCGAUCCGGUGGUCUCUCUUUGAAUGUGAAGCAGCAGCAGGGAUUCUUUCUCCUCUCCUCUGCCCCCUCCUCUCACCUCCAACAUGACUUCACUGUCAGGGACCAAGGAGAGGUCUGUGAGCAGCCGGAGCAGAAAAUAUGGGGUGCCCGACACUUCCCCGACCAAAUCUGCAUCCUUUUUCCCGGACACGUGGUACCGUAAGCCCUACGAGGAUAACACCCGCUCCGGCACACGGCCCGCUCCAGAGGGUGCUGGCUCUAUGCCAAGCUCCACAGGCACCCCGUCCCCAGGCUCAGGAAUCUCCUCCCCAGGGUCCUUCUCUGGAUCCCCGGGGACCAUUUCUCCGGGGAUUGGGACAGAAUCGCCUGGUUCUCUGGGUGGCUCCCCAGGUUUUGGGACAGGAUCACCGGCUUCAGGCAGUGGAAGUUCCCCUGGUAGUGAAAGAGGGAUAUGGUGUGAGAACUGCAACGCAAGGCUGACAGAGCUGAAAAGACAAGCUCUGAAACUGCUCAUCCCUGGACCUUACUCCACCAAGGAUCCCUCCUUCUCGCUCCUCCUUCACGAUAAGCUUCAGGUGCCCAACAGUUCUCGGCGGGCGUGGAACGAGCGUGACAGUCGCUGCGAUGUCUGCGCCACUCACCUCACUCAGCUCAAACAGGAAGCCGUGCGCAUGGUUCUCACUCUCGACCAGUGGGAUUUGUCUCCCCCCUCUUCCCCCUCGGCCCUCAUUGGACGCCAUGGACCGCCGGGUCCUAUGGGAGCAUCUGGAGCACCAGGGGGUCCUGGGUCACGGGAAUGGAUUCCCCCUUUUCUCCCUUCCUCCUCCUCCUCCUCAGCCGCUGCUGCCAUCUCACUCCUGUCCUCCCAGUCGCCAACCCCAAGCCCCAGCCAGACCCCAACGCCCAGCCCGAGCCACGGACUAUCCAACUCUGGCCAUGGGAGCCCAUCCGUGGGGCCAACAUCGAGCUGUGCUCCCUCAAACCCACAACCUCAAGGCCUGGGGCACAGACAGGGGUCCAAGCCCAGCUCCCUGGGGCUUGGUGGUGGGGUGGACAGAAGGGUAGGGUCCCCCAGUUUGGGAAAAUCUGUUGCCCAACAGCAACCAGUGACUGGAGUAAGCAGCCCCGGCAAUAAUAGCGGAGCAGUUCUGAGCACAGCAGCUCUGCAGGCCCAUCAGCACCUGACCCGCACUAAUGGAGGAGUUACACUCUAUCCCUACCAGAUCUCCCAGAUGAUCUCUGAGGACUCCAGAGAAGGUUUGACCGAGGCUGCCCAGAACCGCUACAACACAAACUCUCCCUCACACACAAACUCUCCCUCACACACGGCGGCUGUGACCGCGGCGGCACCGACCACCACCUCUGCUGCUGCCUCCUUCUUUGCCAGAGCUGCACAAAAGUUGAACUUAGCGUCCAAGAAGAAGAAGCAGAAGACCACCGCAGUAACAGCCCCAGUGACAUCAUCGUCGCCGUCCUGUGACCCCCCUCUGUUCCCGACCAAUUUUAGCUCCGCCCUGUUGAUGGCCCCCCCGCCGGCUCCGCCCUGUCUUCUGCGUGCAGCCAACAAAAUCAAAGACACCCCUGGACUGGGAAAGGUGAAAGUGAUGGUGCGCGUGUGUCCAGUGUCUCAGUCGGAAGCAGCUGAGUCCAGUUCCUUCCUUAAAGUCGAUCCCAGGAAGAAGCAAAUCACCAUCAUAGACCCGUCAGCCAAUCAGACACAAAGCGCUGCCUCACAGAAAAAGGUAGCAGCCAAUCAGGUCCCUCCAAAGAUGUUCACCUUUGAUGCUGCGUUCCCUCCUGAUGCAUCACAGGCGGAGGUGUGUGCAGGAACGGUUGCUGAGGUGAUUCAGUCGGUGGUGAACGGAGCAGAUGGCUGCGUCUUCUGCUUUGGACACUCCAAGCUGGGUAAAUCCUACACCAUGAUUGGCCGUGAUGAUUCUCUUCAGACUCUGGGAAUAAUCCCAUGUGCCAUCUCCUGGCUGUUUAAGCUCAUCAAUGAGAGGAAGGAGAAAACAGGAGCACGCUUCUCUGUCCGUGUCUCUGCAGUGGAGGUUUGGGGAAAAGAGGAGAAUCUUAAGGACUUGCUGUCUGAAGUCGCUACAGGAAGCUUACAGGAUGGCCAGUCACCUGGAGUCUACCUGUUUGAGGACCCCAUCUGUGGCAUGCAGCUCCAGAACCAGUCUGAACUGCGUGCUCCGACCCCAGAGAAGGCAGCCUGGUUUCUGGAUGCAGCCAUAGCAGCUCGCCACAGCAGCCAGCGGCCCAACACCACAGAAGAAGAACACAGGAACUCACACAUGCUGUUUACAUUACACAUAUACCAGUACCGCAUGGAAAAGACCGGCAAAGGAGGGAUGUCAGGGGGUCGCAGUCGCCUCCACCUGCUGGACCUGGGCAGCUGUGAUGUCAAAGUGCUCAGGUGUAGGAGGGGAGGAGGUGGAGGUGGAGGAGGAGGAGCGGGAGGUGGGAAAGGAAGAGAAAACACUUCGCCCAGCUCGGCCCCUCUGUGCCUUUCUCUGUCCGCCCUCGGCAAUGUGAUCCUGGCCCUGGUGAACGGGAGCAAACACAUACCUUACAAGGACAGCAAGCUGACCAUGUUGCUAAGGGAGUCGCUAGGCAACAUGAACUGCCGGACCACCAUGAUUGCUCACAUCUCUGCCUCACCCAGAGAUUUCUCAGAAACCCUUUCCACCAUCCAGAUUGCUUCCCGUGUCCUCCGCAUGAAAAAGAAGAAAACUAAAGUCACAGUGCAAUACACGUCCAGCUCCUCUGGAGGAGAGAGCUCCUGCGAGGAGGGUCGCAUGCGUCGACCGACUCACUUGCGACCUUUCCAUAACCGUGGCGACACCGACUCUGACCUUCCUUUGCUGCGACUGUCCAGCGACCCUGACGAAUAUUCGAGCAGCGAGCAGUCAUGUGACACUGUGAUCUACGUGGGUCCGAAUGGAGCUGCGGUGUCCGACAGAGAGCUGACGGACAAUGAGGGACCGCCAGAAUUUGUACCAAUAAUUCCGGCUUUGCUUCGAGGGAAAACAUCAGAGCAGCUCCAAACACAGCCAGCUGGCACCCAGAUCAAGGUGCCGCCUCAGCCAGAGGAGCAGGCCGGGGGCCCCCCUCAGCCUCAGCCCUCUCAGUCACUGCUCGGGCAGCCACUGGCCCCGGUCCCAGAGGAGGCAGCUGAGUGCCUGAAGUGCAACACAUUUGCUGAGCUGCAGGAGAGACUGGACUGCAUCGAUGGCAGCGAGGAGGUUGCAAAGUUCCCAUUCGAAGAGGUUUCAGCAAACAAACCAGGCUCAAAACAGGAGCCAUGUCCAUCUUCAGCUGUCCCAUCCUCAGCUCCCUCUGCCCCUGGCUCUGCUGCUGUGUUGGAUACAGAAACCAAAACAGGCUCUGCAUGUGCUGCAGGAGGCGCAGUGCAGUUCUUCUCAUCGACAGUAACCACCUCAAGGAGGAGGACCAAUGACCAGCAGCUGCAGGAUAUUAAGGAGGUGGUGGAGGAGGCAGAGCUGGCCCAGACGAUGAUCCACAGCCUGGCUCAGAGUUCUGGUUCCCCCAUACUAACUAAUACCAGGAGCGUCACAGGAAGCAGCUGCAUCACCUCUAACCCCCUGAACAGGACCAAGAGCUGCAUGCAUGACAGCCAUGAGAGUCUGAAUAUGGGCAGUAACACUGAUGGGAAGGCUCGUCCAUUAGGAUCACCGCGCCUCGGCAUUGCCAGCCUGACCAAAACCUCAGACUACAGGCCUCCAUCCUCCCCGUCCCAGCGUUGUAAAGUGUACACCCAGAAGGGUGUGUUGCCGGCUACACCUCCUCUGUCCUCAUACACUCUGGCUCUGGACGGCCAGGGCACAGAAGUUUUGACCUCAGACAACAGUUUGGCUGCAGACAGCGGCCGCUCCUCCACAGAGUCCAUGCUGUCCAGGACUUCUCCAGUGGGCAUGAGUCCUCAAGUCCGAGAGCCAGCUCAGUCUCUGUCCGCCAGCCUGGGAUCAGCUGAGACGCUCUGUGACGAUGACGUCCCUCCAAUACCCCUGGACACGCACAGAGAUGCCUCAGGGCUGGCAGUAUCUAUAGGAACAGUUGGACCCCUGACGCUCGGGGAGGAUGAACUGAUGUACGCUUUGGUUUCUGGAGGUGAGGAGGACCUUGUUGUUACAGCUAUCAUGAACCCUCAGGACCUGACCUGCCGUCCAACGAGCAUCAUGAGCUUCAAGAGCGACUGCUGCUCCGUCACUUCCCUCGCUUCGGGCUCUCAGAAUGUCUGUAACCCCGGCGGUUCUGCUGAGGGGGAUUAUCACCUGCCUGCAGGGCCUGCAACCACCUCAGGGGUGGCAGAGGUGGCCAUGGCCAAGCUGCGGAUCGAAGGUGAAGCUUUAGCCACAGUGAUGUCAAGCUGUGGUUCACCCAUUUCCUCCUGGAUGAGUGACCUGAGCAUGGCCAGUGAAGCGGACCAUUCCCUCCACAGCUUCAGUCAGUCCCAGAGCCAGCUAGGGGAGGCCCUGGCUGAACCUGAACCCAACCAGAGCCAGUUGCUCGGGGCGGAGGGGCUGGUUGGGUAUGAAAGCUGUGGCAGCCCGAGAAGAGGGAGUCUGGACGGAGAGAUGGUCCUGUCAGAAAACACGAGUGAUAAGGCAACCCCAACAAAAGACAGGCGGAAGAAACUGCCUCCCUCCAUGGCUAAAACUAACAUCCAAAUCCUGGCAGGACCUGGGUACUUCUCCCCCUUCAAGCCCAGCAUCAGUGUGCACCCGUGUGUGGCUGUCAAACCCAUGGUAUUACAGGAACCAACCAUCCUGUCCUCACCUACCAAGACCGGCCUCAUGAAAGACAAAUUCACUGCACCACUUUUAGCUUCUAUUUCCAGCGAGAUGAGCUUUGAGGACCCCUGGUUGAAGCGUGGGUUGGAAGAGGGGAAGUCCAAGGAGCUGGUGUGUGAAGUGAAACCGGAAAAGAGGGACGGCCAAGGCUUCUGCAAGGAUGGUGGGGAUCAUGGCAGCUGUAGUUCAGGUGGUGAGGUUGUGUCGUCUCCAGAUUCCAUUAAAAGAGUGGUGGACGGCUGUGAGAUGGUGGUUAUCGCUGCUCAAGGAGAAUGCCUGACCGGUUUCUACAGCCCUGACAUCCACCGUACAGCCAGCCUGCCCCGCGGCUGGCACCGCCUCAACCGCCAUGACGGCUUGGACAGUGGGAUGGAGAACCGCAAUCUUGGAGUCACCUCUUCCACUCCCUGCAGUCCCCGUGCCACACUUGAUCGCAGAGGAUCAACAGGGAAACAGGGCUUUUUCUCCCAAAGGAAGGGGGGGAUCCCACCUCUGCCACCUAUAAGGAAGUCCAGUCUUGACCAGAGGAACAGAGCAGUCAGCCCUCUCCCCCAGCCCAGCCAUGGAGCCUUACUUCUGGGCAGCUCAGCAGAUGAUGCAGAGAUCUCCAGACUACGUGGCUCCAGCAUAGACAGCAGCAGACUUUUUAGCGCCAAGUUGGAACAGCUUGCAAACAGAACCAACUCUCUGGGUCGGGUUAACAGCUCCCACAGUGGUUCCCACCACUAUGAUUGCUUCUCUCUGGAGAGAGGGGGGAGCCUGAGAGGGGGAGGAGGAGUAAAGGGGGACAGCACCAUGCCUCGUACUGGUCGCAGCCUCACCCGUGCUGGAUCAGUAUCUUCUCCUACUGGAAAUGCUGGCAGCCUCGUUUUCACUGCCAGUGCCAGUCCAAGCAGCGCCCCGCAGUCACCAGCCAAAUCCAGCGGCCAAUCAAAGAUCUCAGCAGUCAGUAAGCUGCUGAUGACCAGCAGUCCCAAGACCAGGAGUCUGUCUUCAUCCAGCACCAAGACGCUGAGCUUCUCUACCAAGUCUUUGAGCCAAGCCUCCAGCCGCAGCUCCAGCCUUCCCCCUAAUGGAAAGCCCCAGAGUUUGGUUCAGCCCACUCCACAGCAGCAGCAGCAGCAGCAGCAGCAACAGCAGCAGCAGCAGCAGCCGGGCCCUUCGCCUGUGUCCUGGUCCACGCAGUCUUUGAGCCGCAGCAGGGGGGGAAGCCUGGCUGCCAAGCUGCCUCUCCGGGCUGUCAACGGUCGUAUCUCCGAGCUCCUCCAGGGAAGUGCAGGCUCCCGUUCCAGGAGUCAUGCCCAGGGAGGAGGCACAGAUCCAGCAGAGGAAAGAGGAGUUUCAGGGGCAAGUGGAGGGGGAGCUGCAGCAGUAAGUGGGGGUAGUGGUGGAGGUACAGGUGGAGGUGCAGGUGCAGGUAGCCUGGGGGAGGAGAAAGCAGCAGUGGUCCAAACACUGCCCUCCCCCUACAGCAAGAUCACAGCGCCGAGAAAACCCCAACGCUGCAGCAGUGGCCAUGCGAGCGACAACAGCAGCGUACUGAGUGGAGAGCUCCCCCCGGCCAUGGGGAAGACGGCCUUGUUUUACCACAGCGGGGGCAGCAGCGGCUAUGAGAGCAUGCUGAGAGACAGCAGCGAGAACACAGGAAGUACAUCCUCCGCUCAGGACUCCCUCAGUGAGCACAGCUCCGCCACCACCUCCUCCAGACGGAGCUCCAAGAGCAGCAAGAAGAGCAGGAGCAACACAGGUCUGCAGCGUCGUCGUCUGAUCCCAGCACUGACCUUGGACUCUUCCUCCUCCUCACCCUCUCACCGCUCCUCUAAGCAGGCUGUCACUUCAUCUUCUUCGUCCUCCUCUAGCCCAGGUGCAUGCUGGGUAGAUGGCCCACUGGGGCCCCCAGCUCCCUCGAACCUCCGAGGCACGGCUGCCGCAACAGAAACUUUCGAGAUCAAGGUGUACGAGAUAGAUGACGUGGAGCGACUGCAGAAGAGGAGAGACAAAGGAGGGAGCAAGGAGGUGGUGUACGUCAGCACCAAGCUGCGUUCGUUGGAGAACCGUCAGCAGAGGAUCAGUGAAGUUAGAGCAAAGUACCAGUGUCUGAAGAAAGAGCUGGAACAAACCAAGCAGCACCUGAUGCUCGAGCCGCACAAAUGGACCACCGAGUUUGAGAUACAGCCGAUCCAUGAAGUCGACUCGCUGGAGUAUUUGGAGGCUCUGGAGACCGUGACCGACAAACUGGAGACCAGAGUCAACUUCUGCAAAUCCCACCUCAUGAUGGUCACCUGCUUCGACGUGUCCUCCAGAAAUCGAUAGAUGGAUGGAGGGACGGCGAGCUAGUGGACAGAGAGAGGCGGACACAGCUGGACUCAAUUGGACAGAUUCACCCCUUUCCCCACCAAUAACAACUUCAAAAAUACUGUCUUAAUGGAUAUUACUGGAUUGUUGGAGGGAGGACACAGGGGCGGACAGACCUCUCAAUCCUGUUUGUCAUCCUCCCCCAGAUGUAAGUAGCAGAAGGACAGAUGGACAGAGAGAUGGAAGGAAUAGAGAUAUAUAAAGAUACUGUAUUUAACAGGCCAGCAGACCGAUACGUUUAUAGAUUUUUUUCUUGAGAAAAACAACGUCAGAAAAAGCCUUUGAACAUCAUCUAUUGAACGGGCUACUUUGAACCAGAUGAAUAUGGCUACCCAAAGAGGCGGACAUCCGGCUCGGGUCUGAAAAGAAAGAUUAAACAUAACAAGGACAAGUGAAUAAUUAGAGACCUCUGAGACUGAGUCGAACAUUUGGGAAUGUAUGGAGAGGAAAGGAGUCGAGAGAGGAACAAAAAACUGCCAUUUUUUUAAAACAAAGAAGGAUAAAGAAGCGGUGCAGCAGAGGAGAAGAACAAUUUCUCCCGUCGUUUUAGAAGAGCACUUUUUAGAAGAGGUUACGCAGUUGUUAGCCAUUGGCUGUACAUACAAAGUGCUGACUGGGCCUGGUAUUGUUGUGCAGUUAAUAAAAGAAAAUGACCAAGAGAAAGACAGGAGGACAAAAGAAAAUGAUUUAGAUAAGUGCCUUGUGAACAAUUCAACAAUACCAAUUAUAUUUCUCGCUGAAUUUGUGUACUUGCAGUAAGUAUGGUGCUAGCAUAGAAAAAAAGACCACAAAAGAUCAGUGUCCUUGGAAAAUCUUAGAAUUUAUAGCCAUCUUUGAAUGUGAUGUUCUACUGUGGGUCAAUGUUUCACUAUCUCAUAAACAAGCUAAUAGUGUAUGUUUGUAUGGUCUUUGGUACACUGAUGAGAGUAAGACUAAACUGGAUCCAUAAGACCUACAAAAGAUGGGAUGGUCUUUUUUUUUUUUUUAAACUGGUGCAAGGACCAAAAAUCCAAUUAGAGAAAAAGUACAUGAUUUUUCCAGGACACAGAGUAAUGUGUGUUUGAAAUAAGAUUAAAAAAAACACUAGUUUCCUCUGCGGUUGUUUUUGACUUUACUCACAAACCGAGCACAUCUGAAUUUUGACCCUCUGGGGCUUACAUACAGCAUGUUUCCCCUGCUACAGAUGUGAUGGCUUUUUCAUGUUCACAAAGCAAUGAAACGUCUGAGUCACACAGGAGAGGAAAUGGAAAUGUGUUUUCUCUGAUCCAGUGAUAAGUACAUCCAUCGAGUGUCAGCCCGACUGACACGCAGACCGUCUGUUAUUUGUAUCUGUGUUGUUCUGCUCUAUUCUAAAAGAAAAUGAAUGAUUUGUCAAUGUGUGUGUUUUAUAUUAAGGUUUUCUUUUUUAUUUGAGUGCAAUGGGACCACGUAGAGAAUAUGUAUUUGAGAAAGAGAAUAGAAAAAGGUUGAAGAGAUAUUUAAGACAAAAGAGUGAGGAAGGUCCAGGAUAAUUAUACUUUUUAAGGUCUGUAUUAUUGGGAAAAAGUAGUGAAUUAAACUGGAAUACUCACUUUGAAAUACAAUUCUGGUUACAAAUGGGCUUUUUAUAUAGUUCCAGUGUGUCUUUUAUUUGAAUGAGACAGACAUAACAAAAGAACAAAUAAAAACAUAUAUAAAGGACUGAAAGAGAACUGAAGAAAGAAAAGGACGAUGACCAAAUUAACGGCAUAGAUCUCUGCCUGGUUCCAUUUUUCUGGACGGAUAGCAACAAUUUGUUCAUAUUAUUAUCUAUGGUGCUUGAGAUGUUUAUGAUCUAAAUGUUUGUAUAAAUAUACAUAUAAAAAAGAGCCUGUUGCCCUCUGAAAUACCCUUUGAAUGCUUCUUCUACAUCGCUGUCAUCACGUCUGUCGUCCAUCACCCUCUCCCUCUGAAUGCCUUUAGCCUGCAAGCAGAGAGCAUUCUGGGAGAUCCUGUUUGAGAGGUAAAAAUAGGAAUAUACUACGACUAAUGAUAUUGGUAUGACAAAAGCAUCCUAGUGCUACAUUUCUCCAGAUACAGAAGCAGGAAACGACUUUAAAUGUCAUUAAAACGGUCUUUAAUGUCAUGUGUUGUACACCUUCAGUGACAGCAUACGGAUAAUCUAGCAGGAAAAUACCCCUGAAACUGAGAUGCUUUUGACUGACUGGACCUAAGAAGCGUUUUCACACAAGGUGGGGGAAGCAGCCCUGUAUCACCUCCUGUAAACGCUUCCUGUUUUUAUCUCCCAGAUCCCCCUGCCAGUCAUGAAUGAAGGUUUAUUUAUAUGAGUUCAGGAGAGAGCCGAGUCGCUUAUCAGUGUUUAAUUUAUGUACACCUUAUGAUCUUAAAAGUUACUAUGCAUUUAAGAAAAAAAUAACUGUACAUACUUUGCUGAGCCCAUGUCAUAUAUAAAUAUAUAUACUGUACACAUAUCAUAUAUACGCUCAUUUUUAUUUUAUAUAUUUUCUGUUGGUUUAGUUUGCUCCUGUUGUUCCUGGUGGAGAUUUUGUGGAUUUGGGUUUCCUAAAACAUUCACAUCCAGGGUAGUUGUGUUGUUUCAGACCAAAAUGAUCUGAAUUUUGUUAAAAUGCCAGUAUAUAAUACAGUAUUAUCUAAAGCCUUGUGGUAUUCGCAGUGGAUGUUUUGGGAACCCCAACCUCUGGAUGAGCUAAAUGGCCUGUAGUUGUUUCCAGAUUUAAGAUGCUAUGUGUGAAGUUUCAUGCUUGAUGCCUCACUGCCAAAUUUACUGAGGAAGCCCGUUAUAAUUCUAGCAAUAAUUGUGACAAACGCCUGAAAUUUUAACAGCCUCAUAUUGUUUAUAGCCGCCAUAAUAGAUCACAUAAAGCUUUCAGAAAUAAAAGGUUUUCUCAUCAGAGGAAGCUGCACUAAAAGGGAUCGCUCAUUGUCAGGUGCUUUAAAUAAAAUAACAACUGUUCACGUUUGGGGCAAGAAAACUAAAAACAUGCAGUCUUAUGAACAAACUAACGUACGUUCAAGAUUGAUGUGUUAUUUGGAAAACUUACACAUAGCAUCUUUACAAUUUUAGGCAGUAUUGUAUGUUAAAGUAUGGAUCAGACCACAUCUUCCAGAAUCUAAUGGUACCUGUAGCAGUAAGAUGUUUUUUAAGACAGAGGGAUUACAAUCUCUACAUAACUGAUUGAAACCAAUUCUUAUUUCAGUUUAAAGUACAAUCAGUUAAGUAGUAGAAUAAGUUAUUUCCUGUUAUUUCCUGACUUAAGGUUUUCAUUUCCUGUUAGGAAAAGAAAACAUUAAGUCAGCGUUACAAAACAUACUCAGUGCAAACCGGUUAAUAUGAGGUGUCAGAGUUUCACUGUGUGUGUGUGUGUGUGUGUGUGUGUGUGUGUGUGUGUGUGUGUGUGUGUGUGUGUGUGUGUGUGUGUGUGUGUGUGUGUGUGUGUCAUUUUAAUGACUCAAGACUACAAUCACAACAUGCUCAACAGAUUUACUGUUUCUGAGAAAUGUGGUCCGAUGGAAGAGCAAAAAUGGAGGGAUGUAAAUAAAGAAAUGUAUUGAAAGA